GCAUCGAAAGCCGAUUGCACAUCCAAUUUGCACGGAAAGCUGUCGCAUUUGAUUCACCGCUCACCAGCCAGAGCAGCCUGUCGUGUGGGGCGCAUAAAGAAGCAGCCACCCGCACUGGCUGCCUAUUCGCCCUUGCCUGCUCUCGCGCAUCAAUGGCCGCGGGCAUCGCGUCUGAGAACGCCGCUUCUCUACCCUAUCACGAACCUGGUAUUCAUACCAUAUUGAUCCUUGUAUCCUUUCUGUUACUGCUCAAUGUCGCCAAUGCUGCACUCGACAAGGUUCUGUAUUGCGGACUGCUAGGUCAGGUCUUGAUUGGCAUUGCUUGGGGGACGCCAGGUGGCAAAUGGCUGUCAAUCGAAGUUGAGGAAGUCAUUAUCCAACUGGGCUAUCUUGGCUUGAUCUUGCUGGUAUAUGAGGGCGGCCUGCACACAUCCUUUCAGUCCUUGAAAGCCAACUUGCUUCUCUCGUCUGGAGUGGCUCUCACUGGCAUCUGCGUCCCCAUCGGCCUAUCGUACACCCUUCAAGGCCUCCUCGAUGCCACUCCAGCACAGGCUUUUGCGGCAGGUGCUGCUUUGUGCUCAACCAGCUUAGGAACCACUUUUACUGUGCUAGGCUCUAGCGGCCUCUCGUCCUCUCGUCUUGGUGUUGUCCUUACCAGUGCAGCUAUGAUGGACGACAUCGUUGGCUUGGUUAUGGUCCAAGUGAUCUCCAACCUUGGAGGUGAGAGCUUUGACACUAUCACCGUCGUUCGCCCUGUCUUGGUAUCGGUCGCCUUUGCUGUUACAGUGCCUUUGGCAUGCUUGUAUGUUCUCAAGCCUGUUACCCUGAAGCUCAACCGGUACCGCGAGUCCCAUCCCACAUCAGCACUUAACAAGCUUCUAUGCCAAACGCAUGCUGCCCUCACGUUCCACACAGCGCUUCUCAUCGCCCUCAUCACUGCCACUACUUAUGCUGGGACGUCUAAUUUGUUUGCAGCAUAUAUUGCCGGUGCUACGAUCAGCUGGUGGGAUUCUGAAGUACCUCAUGAUGUCAAGGCAAAAGCAGGGCCAGCUCUCACCAUCGAAAAGGUGAGUGCCGCCACGAGCUCUAGCGAUACCUACCCAGAUGAAGCUGCUGGACCCAGCAAACGAAAGGAUGUAGCUAUCCCUACGUCACCAGAGGAGACCACUCUAGAGACCGACAGCUUGUUCGGCACGGUCAUCUACGAAAAGUAUUAUGCCCAAGCAGUGUCAAAGAUACUGCAGCCCUUCUUCUUCGCGUCCAUUGGAUUCUCGAUCCCAAUCACUCGCAUGUUCCGCGGAGCAAUCGUUUGGCGAGGUGUCGUCUACACAAUCCUCAUGACGUUCGCAAAAGUGGUCUGCGGUCUGUGGCUUGUCAGACUGUCAGUUGCUCCUUUUGCGAUUAUCCGUCGACUAUUGAAGGAAUUGAAGCUUCCAGCCAUGCCUCACCUCUUGGGAAAGACCAGAUCAGAUGCUCCAACGAGUCGGGCAUCCAACAGCACAGCUCCUGAACCACCCACCAACGACGCCGCUGCUGCACCUCUACCGCCGACCUCUAGUGACGGACGAAGAAAAAUACCAAACCCACCGAAGCCCCUUUCUACGUACCCGCCUCUCAUCCUCGCAUUGGCAAUGUGUGCUCGUGGAGAAAUUGGUUUCUUGGUAUCUGGAGUGGCCGAGUCGAACGGUAUUUUCUCACCAUCGAGUGUUACCUCUAACGAGCCAUCGGAUAUUUUCCUUGUCGUCACCUGGGCCAUUGUGCUGUGCACCAUCGUAGGGCCGCUCGGUGUCGGUCUGUUAGUGAGAAGGGUUAGAAAACUUCAGGAGCGGAAGGACAAGCGGCAAGAAGGUGCUGGCAGAGACGUGCUUGGGGUCUGGGGCGUUGGCUAGCCUGCACUGUCACUAGAGCGGAUGCCACAAACGUGAAUCAAAUGUGGAUGCUGUCGCCAGAUAGAUUAAAUGCAGGCUUGCUUUGCCUGGAGAGUCUCUUGUCCCUGCACUCAGCAGAUGCUCCGUCCUUGGCUUCACCCAGUGCAAUCCAGGUAGCUUCAAGUAUGUCACCGCAGGCUCAGCGUAUAUAUUGAACGCAGCUGCUCUUGGUGAGCACCAUACCUCGACUCAAACAGCGGAGUCAAAUGUCGGAUGCAGAGAUGGUGGCUGGGCGGAGGUAUGAAACGAAAUGUCGCAGUGUUGUAAGAGUUGACGGUCGCAGCCAGGAAGCACGAGCAAAACAAACUGCAAUAUGCAGAUAUGCUGCAAUAAAAACCACGUCUGACAUUGCACGUACGUAGUAGUCUACUCCUGGCCAAAC